AUGUCCGUCACUUUUCACCAAUCAGGGAGCCUCGGCUCACGUGACGACGGAGAACCCUUCCUAUUGGUCGCUGACAACAUCCUCGACAGCAUUUUUCAAGUCAACGCCACUUCCGGUUCAAGGUUCCAACUUCCGCUGGGAGGCCCAAGAUUCCCGAUUUCCGUGGACUACGACCCGACGACUGACUUCGUGUACUGGUCAGAUGGGUGGGACAGACAUAUCAAACGGGCACGAAGAGAUGGGGGUGGGAUGGAGACCAUUGUCACAGAUGGCGUCUAUGCCGCCUAUGGCCUGGCCCUGGACCACGCGGGAGGUAACGUGUACUGGACCGACUCGAUAGCCAGUACGGUCUCGGUAGCCCGGAUGGACGGAACGUUCGCUAGGUCACUUCUGACGUCACCGGCGGUCGGGAGUCCAGCAGGUCUGGUCUUGGACCCAAGAAACGGAUACAUGUACUGGACAGACUGGGGAAUUGAUGCUAGAAUAGACCGUGCUGCGAUGGACGGCAGUAACCAGACAACCAUCAUCAGCAACCUGACGGAUCCAAACAUGAUCACUAUAGAUUACAAAGAGAACCGGCUGUAUUACAGUGAUGGGUACGCCUACAGCCUCUACAGUUCAGACCUGCUCGGUAACGACAUUCGCCGACUGUUCUACGAAGACGGGAAUUAUCUCUUUGGGAUUGGCAUUGAUGACGACAACAUCUACUGGACGUCUUGGACAAAUGACCAAAUCCUGAUGUUGCCGAGGUCGAACUUGGACCAGAAUGAGACCGUCCUUGUUGAUGGCCUGGGAACACCGAACGACAUCUACGUGUCCGGGGAAUCUCUUGUGGAUGUCACCAAUGAUCUUGUGUCUCCGAGCUACCUCUGGCUGGACCACAGUUACAGAACAGGCGUGACGUCAGUGAAGAUGAUUCCCGGAAACGGCAGCGUCAUCCGGGAGUUAGACGACCAAGGUCGCAAUCUUCCCGUCACCGUGCUCUUCAGUUCUGCUGAACCCUCCAGGAUAGAGGCGAUCGACUACGACUUUCAGCGCAACCUGAUCUUCUGGGUGGACACCGGUCUGAGGGAAAUACACACGGUUGAUACACAAGACAGCAAGAUCCAGUCCUUCACCACUCUGUUUGAGGGCAUCUCGUCCGGAGUGGAGGGCUUGGCGGUCGACUGGUUAAACCAGAACCUGUACUACACUGACCCGUACUUCAACUGGAUCGGCGUGGUCAGCUACAAGUACAUACCGGCACGGCACCACGUCAUCGUCCACGAAGGCCUGUCGAGACCCCGCGGCAUUGCCGUUCAUCCGCAGAGAGGGUACCUAUUCUGGAGCGAAAGGAGUACCUCCACAAUAGAGCGGUCUGCGUUGUCAGGACAGCAGCGGACCAAAAUCGUGAUAGUAGACAUCCAGUUCCCCAGUGGCCUCGUCAUUAAUGGCGACAGGCUGUUUUGGGCAGACACGUUCCGUGACCGAAUCGAAUCAUGUGAUCUAAACGGUGACAACAGGGAGGUGUUCUUUACAUAUUUUGGGACACAUUUCUACGACAUCACAACUGAUGGGGUGAGCAUCGCGGCGACUGACUGGGCGGAUGACUCCAUCAACUUCCUGUACGGAGGUGAAACGAGCGGUAGUUUCUUACACUAUGGCGACGGAACCGUGUAUGGGGUGGAAUACUUCGACCAAAGUCGCCAGCCACCAGGCCAAACGGAGUGCCAGGUGGACAAUGGUGGAUGCAACCAUACCUGCGUGGGGGACCCAGACGGACACAGGUGUUUGUGUUUAUUGAAUUUUCACCUGGCCGAGGACAACCAUACCUGCAUCGCAAACGAACAUCAGUUCUCGAAGGCCGUCUUCGUCGGAAGCGAUUCUGGUAUUCUUCAGUUGCCGCACAACUUCCUUGAUCUGCCUGAAGCCGGCGACUGGACAGGCUCCUACAUCGUGCGAGGAACCAAAGCCUUCGCUAUGGACUUCGAUUACGCAGGGAAGAUGCUGUUCUACACACAACAGCAGAACGACGGAACACAGACCAUAGAGAGGUUCCUAUUCAUCGGCGAAGGCAGUUCAAUGACGGUUUUCCAAAAUGGACAGGGGAUAGAAGGCAUUGCCGUUGACUGGGUGGCCUCCAACCUGUACUGGACCGAGCGCCAACUCGGAAGGAUCCACGUGUCCAAACUGGACGGAUCGCUGAGGAAGGUUCUGAUGUCCGGCCUGGGCCAGCCAAGUUCCAUCACAGUGCAUCCAGAACAAUCGUACGUGUUCUGGACAGAGGUUGGUGCGAACCCCAAGAUUUCCCGGGCCUCUCCAGACGGUAGCAACAAAAUGGUGCUCGUCUCCUCCCAAACAAAUGACCUGACUGGGAGUCCCACUGCUUUGGCCAUUGAUUACAACGAAGAAAGGUUAUACUGGGUGACAACAAACCCAGGAAGUGUGGAGUCCUGUAACUUUGACGGUUGGUACGCGAGGACCUUACGGUCAGCGGACAAUGCGGAACUUUUUGGCGUUGCCUUCUAUAAGGAUUAUGCUCUAUGGACAGACAACAGCAACCAGACCUUGACAUAUGGAAGGGCAUAUUCCGGAGAAACCCACUACGACAGCAGGACUGUAGCAUUGUCGACAGCGGCAUACAACAUCAAGGUUUACGAUGACACAGAGCAGCUGUUACAUACAAGUGCAUGUGACCAGCGGAAUGGCGGAUGUAUGGAGUUAUGUCUGCCACUGGAAAACAGUCGCGUGUGCGCCUGUGGAGAAGGGCGCUACCUCCAGGCGGACGCUGUGAGCUGUUCUCACGUCAGACCUACCAACAUGCCAACCACCCCAUCGCCAACAGUUCGGACCUCAAGCGAAGACUUCCUACUGGUAGCCGAUCAUGAUACAGGCUACAUCACCGAGGUCAACGUCACUUCCGGUUCAAACGUCACACUUCCGCUACAUUCCCUCGCUCCCCUUGCCCUCGACUACGAUGUACAAACAGACUUUGUCUACUGGUCUGACUGGGUUGACGAGACAAUCUAUCGGGCUAAAAGAGAUGGCUCUGGGUUUGAGGCGAUUGUUGACAACACCCAAGUCAGUGUAUAUGGAAUAAACGGACUAGCUCUGGACUACGCUGGACAGAACAUCUACUGGACAGAUUACUGGACAGAAAUUAUCGGCGUGGCAAGAAUGGACGGACGUCAUGCUCAAGCUAUCGUGUCUGAAAACCUGAAUUGGCCGGGUGAUAUCGUCUUGGAUCCAACAGAAGGUUACAUGUACUGGACGGAUGAGAGCUUUUGGACACCGAGGAUUGAGCGGGCAGCCAUGGACGGUAGCGAUAGGACAGUGAUCGUCGAUACCGAUCUAGAUAGUCCAGUCGGGAUCACCAUAGAUCUGAUUGAACGCCGCCUAUAUUGGUGUGACUCCUGGCUGUACAACAUACAGAGCUCUGAUCUGGAUGGCAACAACCGGCAAACUCUGCUGUCCCGUUCCUACGGUCGGUUUUAUGGUCUUAGCUUGAAUGCCCAUGAGCUAUUCUGGACAAGCUCAUCCGACAGUUAUAUAGGAGCGAAUUCCAAAUCGGAAUCCGACCAGACGACGAGUCGCGUGGUGGCGGAUGGUUUCUCCAGUCUGCGCGGCAUCGCCAUGUACAGUCCUGACACGGCGACAGAUGUUUCCAAUGCCUGUUCAGUGUCGAACGGUGGCUGUCAGGACAUCUGUCUGGCCCGUCCUGGAGGGAGAACCUGUGCCUGCAGAGCUUACUUCCAUCUUCAGAGUGACAACGCUACCUGUGCUCCUCCCGAGAUAAAGUCCCCAAGCUUUCUUUGGAUAAACGAGGUGGACGAUAAAACGUUACUCACUGCGCUGGAAGCAAACAGCAGUAUCGUCAGAUCUCCAGAUUUCCAGUCUCUGCCUCUCACCACUGUCAUGUCGGCCAGGCCACCUUCCGUCAUUGUCUCCCUCGACUACGACAUUCGUCAAGGCCUCAUCUUCUGGAUUGACAUUGGAAUGAAGGAGAUACAGCAGGUUGAUGUUAGGACAGGAAUGGUAACAACAUUGCUGACCGCAAUCUCGGCUGGAGCAGAAGCUCUCGCCACGGAUUGGAUCAACCAAAAUCUGUACUACACAGACUUCAACUACAACAGGAUCACAAUGGUAUCAUAUGACCUGGGUAGCAGUACUGGCAACAGCCACAUCAUCGCUGAAACUGGUCUGGACAAACCGAGAGGCAUCGCCGUGGACCCAUCAUCAGGGUUCGUGUUUUGGAGUGACUGGGGACAGUCGCCCAAAAUUGAGAGAUCCACGUUGUCGGGAGAAGAUCGCAUGGUGAUCGUGGACUCUGAUCUUGGAAGACCAAGCGGUCUGGUGAUUGACUACGCCACCAACAGGUUGUAUUUUGCGGACACCGGGCGUGACACCAUAGACUCGUGUGACUUCGACGGCGGCAAUCGGCAACAGUUUUGCUCUCUACCGGGGACACAUUUCUACGACAUCACAUUUGACGGUGAGGAGAUCGUGGCGUCUGACUGGUCAGACACCACCAUUAACUUCAUCCACGACUCACGACCCCUCACGUUCAUCAGACCCAGAGGCCAAAACAUCAUGACAGUAGAGUUCUUUCACGAGAGCAGGCAACCUCAAAGUCAAUCCGACUGUCAGGUGAACAAUGGUGGCUGUCAGCACACCUGUGUUGGGGAUCAAAGUGGACACAAGUGUCUCUGUCUAACUGACUACAGCCUUGCGCAGGAUCAACAAACAUGUGUGAAAAAUGACCACCUGUUCACCAAGGCUCUGCUUGUGUCCACGGAUGAGGGCAUACUGCAGUUCCCGCACAACCUAGCGGAUCUGCCUGGAACUGCAGACUCCAAACCGACUGUCUUGGUGAGGGGAGGGAAGACUGUUGCAAUGGAUUUCAAUUACAACGAGAAAGCAAUCUACUACACGAAAGAGAUGGACGAUGGGACGCAGAGUAUCCAGAAAUACGACUUGACAACGAAUUCCUCUUUGACGAUUUAUACAGGAGGGCAAGGAAUAGAAGGACUAGCGGUUGACUGGGUUGCCGCCAACAUCUACUGGACGGAGAGAAAUGAUGGAACCAUCAGUGUCGCACGGUUAGAUGGGAGUUUUAGAAAGGUUCUUCUGUCGGGCCUUGUUCAACCACGUGGAGUCGCUGUACAUCCGGAACAAAGGUUGUUGUAUUGGACGGAAACCGGCAGUAUCUUCCGUUCUACAUUAGCAGGAACCGACAAAGAAGUCAUCGUGUCGUCACAAUCCGAUGAGUCUGUCCAGAACCCAGCUGGCAUAUCAUUCGACCUUCUCAACAGUUGGGUAUACUGGGCUGAUAGUGAUGCCGGGACAGUCAUGGCUUCCGACCUUCGUGGCGAAGAUCCCGAACUGCGCUGGACAAGCAACGGCGGAGAACUCUUCGGAAUAGCCGUCUAUAAGGAUUUUAAUUUCUGGACGGACCGCACAAACAAGACCGUCAGUAUCGGGUUGAGAAGCUCGCUAGAAAAGGUGGUCCAGCUACAGACAACUCCUCACAGUGUCCGUGUGUUCGACGGCAGUGAACAGCCACUCUCUAGAGGUCCAUGCGACUUGCGGAAUGGUGACUGUAAUGAGUUGUGUCUACCGACAACAGCUGACGAUAAAGUCUGCGCCUGCACAGAAGGGCAUCUGAUGCAAGCAGACAACCUGACAUGUUACAACCCUGCAGCAACUGUAGCAGUGACAACUCCUGCCGUGCAGACGACACCGGUUACACCAUCUAAACCAGCGACAACUACUACUAGGCAGACGACACCGGUUACACCAUCUAAACCAGUGACAACUCCUGUUGUGCAGACGACACCACCUAUUCCACCAGUAAUAACUACUGCUAUGCAGACGACAACAACUCGUACAACGUUCAAACCAGCAAUCGCCUGCACUCCUGAAACCCUCCCAUCUGUCACUGAUGGUGACUUCGGGCAAUGCGUGGUCACAGCUAACGUCAAGACGUGUAACGUCGUCUGUAAGCCAUCUUACGGACCGUCAGUCAGCAGGAUCAAGUGCCUCCCAAGUGGCAACUGGGACAUGGGCAAGGAUUACACCUGCACAAGACUAGCAACACCAGAAACAGUUUCCGUCAACGUGUCCUUCAGUUUUUCAACAGUCCCUUGUACCACAUCGACCAUGAAUUCUCUCAGAGCAAGCCUGAUCGACAACUUUCAAAGCAACGGCAUCUGCCAAACGGCGGUACAGAAUAACAUUAGGCUGUGCGAGGACCCUAACCAGAUGACAGUGUCAUGCUCUUUUAGCAGCGGACGAAAGCGAAGAGCAUCAGAUACUGAGAGUAAAACGAACGUCCAGGCAUCAUUGCAAGAAGAGAAUCAUCCUCUAAAGAAGCGGGAAAUCAUGUCGUACCUCUCGCACAAAAAGGCACUGAAGAAACAAGCUAAAGAAGAGAUGGCAAUGCUCAAAGAAGCCAACAGAGAGAAAAGAAACGCAGAAGUUCUGCAUGUGAAGAAGCAAGUCAACAAUGACGAAGACGCCUUACUACAACUGGUCAAGAAAGCUGGUGGCAGGAUCAUGGUCAACAGGGUCAAAAGACAGACCACAUACGGUGUAGACGUGGACAUCGCAGUCAAGGCCAUUCCAGACACGUCAGACGGAAGCCUGGAGGACAGCAUCAGCAAGACUCAGCAAAACUUACAGAACGUUGUGGAUGAUAUCGAAACGGAGGUGGCGGCUGGGAACGUGGCUGUGGAAGUGGACGGGCAAACCUACCGGGCAGAUCCGGACUCGUUCACGGCGAUGGCUGUGAAGUACCAAUGUCCGAGUGGGACCGUGGAGAUAGACGGGGGCUGUGGGCAAGCACCAAGUACAGGUGGGUCGAACGGCGCAGCGGUGGCGGUUGGCGUCGUCGUCACCUUGCUGCUGUUGGGCGCGAUGUCGCUAGGGGGCUACAUGUACUGCCGCCAGCAGCGCCGCAAGUUCGGGCCGGGACGGGACGUCCGACUGAGCGACUUGACAGCCCGGGACAAUCCGGUGUACGACGCGUCUGACAUCCCUCCAGCUUACACAGCAUACAUGGGUGAAGGUCUGAACGCUACGGGCGGUUCUCCGACCAAAGACGUCCCAGGGGGCGCCAUGGAAGCCGGGGCCUUACCGGAGAAGGCCCCUCCCGCUCAAUGGGUAACAUUUGACGACGCCGGCAACGCGUUUCAACCGGCUGCAGAACCAAACGUGUACCAGAACAUGCCUCCCAGCGCACCCCAGAACACGUUUCAAUCAACUGCGGCUGCAGAAGAACAGCAUGUGUACGAGCACAUCCCUCCAAGCGCACCUCCUGUCGAGUACAACAUGUUUGUCAAUAAUCCCACCAAGGGCAUCGGGGGUGAGACAAAUGCAUGUUAUGGUUCCUCCAGCGAUGGGCCGUUUCUGCUAGUUGCUGACAAUUACCUUGACAGCAUCCUUCAAAUCGACGUCACUUCCGGUUCGAACGUCACGCUUCCGCUCGGGGACCCAAGAUGGCCGCUGUCCUUGGACUACGACCCGAACACCGACUACGUGUACUGGUCAGACCGGCUGGACAGACACAUCAAACGGGCACGUCGAGACGGAAGUGGGAUGGAGACAAUUGUUACAACCGGCCUCAUCAGUACCUAUGGCCUGGCCAUCGACCAUGCCGCGGGCAAUCUGUACUGGACCGACUCUCGAGCCAAGACCGUCUCAGUAGCCCGGAUGGACGGGUCGUUCGCCAGGCCGCUUCUGACGUCACCGGCGGUCGGGAGUCCAGGAGGUCUGGUCUUAGACCCGAGAAACGGAUACAUGUACUGGACGGACUGGGGUAGUAGUGACCCUAGAAUAGACCGUGCUGCGAUGGACGGCAGUAACCAGACAACCAUUCUCAGCGAUCUGACGGAUCCAAAUAUGAUCACUAUAGACUACACAGAAAACCGUCUGUACUACUGUGACGGAGGUGCCCACAGCAUCUUCAGCGCUGACCUGCUCGGUAACGACGUCCGGCGGCACCUGUACCUACCUUCUGAUUAUCUCUUUGGCAUCGCCAUCGACAGUAACAACAUCUACUGGACAUCAUGGACAACUAGCCACAUUGGCAUGUUGUCCAGGUCUACCAAUCGUCAGUCCGUCCUUGUCGACAGCCUUGCGAACCCAAAUGACAUCUACGUGUCCAUGGCAACGCCUACUGACGUCACUAACGCUUGCUCCACGUCGAAUGGAGGUUGUCAGGAUCUGUGCCUGGCCAAACCAGAGGGAAGAACAUGCGCCUGCCGGUUUCCCUGGGAACUGCAGGAAGACGGAACAUCAUGCCUUCCAAAAAAGCUUGUAUCACCGAGCUACCUCUGGUUGGAUCACAAGUCCGCAGAAGGCGUCACGUCAGUAAAAAUGACUGCCGGAGACAGCAGAGUCAUCCGACAGCUGCACAACCACAGCCGUCCUCUGCCCGUGGAGACGCUCUUCACCUCCCAAUCUCCCUCCAGGAUAGAGGCGAUCGACUACGACUUUCAGCGCAACCUGAUCUUCUGGGUGGACACCGGUCUGAGGGAAAUACACACGGUAGAACUACAAGAUGGUGGCAUCCAGUCCUUCUCCACUCUGUUUGAGGGCAUCUCGUCCGGAGUGGAGGGCUUGGCGGUCGACUGGUUAAACCAGAACCUGUACUACACUGACGCCUACUUUAACUGGAUCGGCGUGGUCAGCUACAAGAACACACCGUCACGCCAUCACGUAAUCGUCCACAAAGGACUGGAUUGGCCACGAGGUAUAGCUGUCCAUCCAAUAGCAGGAUACGUGUUCUGGAGUGACCGGGGAAGCCAGAACCCAAGGAUAGAACGGGCGGUGUUGUCAGGGGAACAGCGGACAUCAGUAGUAAAGGAAGACAUCGUGAAUCCUAGUGGUCUUGUGAUAGAUGGAAACAGGUUGUACUGGGCCGACAGCUACCGUGACACCAUUGACUCAUGUGACCUGAAUGGCAACAACAGGACGCUGUUUUAUAGACUUCCAGGAACACAUUUCUACGACAUCACGUUUGAUGGGGAUGAGAUAAUGGCAAGUGACUGGACCGACGACUCCAUUAACUUCAUCAGCGGCCACCUGCGCGGAGAGCUGCUGCUGUACUACCGGGGCGAGGGGUGGGUGUACGGCGUGGAGUUCUACGACCAGAGCCGGCAGCAAUCAGGCCAAACCGACUGCCAGGUCAACAAUGGCGGCUGUACCCACACCUGUGUGGGGGACCCAGACGGACACAGGUGCUUGUGUCUAGAGAACUUCCACCUGGCGGGGGACAACCAUACCUGCAUCGCAAACGAACAUCCCUUCUCGAAGGCCCUUUUCGUCGGAAGUGAUUCCGGAAUUCUCCAGUUGCCCCACAACUUCCGUAAACUGCCCGAAGCGGGCGACUGGACUGACUCGUACAUUGUACAAGGAACCAAAGCCUUUGCGAUGGAUUUCGAUUACGCUGGGAAGAUGGUUUUCUACACACAACAACAAGCUGACGGGACACAAAACAUCGAGAGGCUCUCGUUGAUCGGUGAAGGUAGUACGACGACGAUUUUCGAAAACGGACAAGGAAUCGAAGGCAUUGCCGUUGACUGGGUGGCCUCCAACCUGUACUGGACCGAGCGGCAACUCGGAAGGAUCCACGUGUCCAAACUGGACGGAUCGCUGAGGAAGGUUCUGAUGUCCGGACUGGACCAGCCAAGUGCCAUCGCAGUGCACCCUGGGCGCUCGUACGUGUUCUGGACAGAGGUUGGUGCAGACCCCAAGAUUUCCCGCGCAUCUCCCGAUGGUAGCAGCAAACUCCUGCUGGUCUCCUCACAAAGACGUGAUAUCACAGGCAAUCCUACUGCUUUGGCCAUGGAUUACCUCCAAGAAAGGGUAUACUGGGUGACCAGCGACCCUGGCAAUGUGCAGUCCUGUAACCUGAAUGGUGGUGACGUCAAGACCUACUGGUCAUCAACUAAUGCCAACCUGGACGGUGUUGCCAUAUACAAGGAUUAUGUGAUUUGGACGGAUAACGCCAACCGAACCCUGACCAAUGGCAUACCGUACUAUAACUACUAUGGAGGAGUGGCGAACAUGAAGACGACUAGAAUGUCCACAGCACCGUACAACAUUAAAGUAUACGACGACACGGAACAACCGCUCUUUACAAGUGUGUGUGACCAUCAAAACGGCUUGUGUAUGGAGCUGUGUAUACCCACUACAGACAGCCGUGUGUGCGCCUGCGCAGAAGGACGCUAUAUUCAAGAAGACAGAGUGAGCUGUGCUGACCUUCGACCUUCCAUUCCCCCAACCACCCCGCCACCUACAGUAUGUACGUGUGGGUACUCUCCGGAAGACUUCGUCCUGGUUGUCGACAGCAGUACAGGCAACAUCUCGGAAGUCAACGUCACUUCCGGCUCCAACGUCACACUUCCGCUCCAUUCCACCCUGCCAAUGGCGCUUGACUAUGACGUAACAACAGGCUAUGUCUACUGGUCGGAUUACGUAGAUGAGAGGAUCUAUCGGGCUAAAAGAGAUGGCUCUGGAUUUGAGGCAGUCAUCAACAAGAGCGUAAUCGAACGCCGCCUGUACUGGGGCGAUUCUGGGACGCACAACAUUCAGAGCUCCGACAUGUACGGCAACAACCGGCGAACUGUGGUUUUACAGGGUUCUACAUCAUUCUUUGAUCUCGCCCUUCAUGUCCAUGACUUGUUUUGGACCAGCCGGGCAGACUUUAUAGGCAUCAAUGCAAAAUCAUCAGCUGGUCAGGGAGCAAACCGAGUUCUUGCCGGCGGUUUCACGAGCCUAAGAGGCAUAACCUUGUACGGGUCUGGUCUGCAGCAAUCCGGCGUUACAAACGCUUGCUCAGAACCAGGCGGAGGUUGUCAGGAUAUGUGCUUGGCUCGGCCCGGUGGAAGAACGUGCAUCUGUAGGGCUUACUUUGUUCUCCAGAAAGACAACACCACGUGUGCUCCUCCUGAAAUAAAGGUUCCGAGCUAUCUUUGGAUCAACCUUCUGGAGUCAGGCACGACCAUGGUCCGUAUGUUCGAGGGCAACAGCAGCACCGUCAGGAAUCUAGCACAACAAACUGUACAGGUCACCAACCUGCUGGCCGCCAAGUCUCCGUCUGUCGUUGUCUCCCUGGACUACGACAUACGCCAGGGUGUGGUGUUCUGGAUUGAUAUUGGACUGAAGGAGAUACAAGAGGUAAAUGUCAAGACUGGAGAAGUAACAGCAUUGAAGACUGAGGUUUCGACCGGGGCAGAAGCUCUCGCUGCCGACUGGGUCAACAAGAAUCUCUACUACACCGAUUACAACUACAACAGGGUGGUCAUGGUGUCGUACAGCACAGGAAAGAGCAAUGGCAACAGUCACAUCAUCGCUGAAACCGGUCUGGAUAGACCCAGAGGAAUCGCCGUGGACCCAAGAGCAGGGUACGUAUUUUGGAGUGACUGGGGACUGUCUCCGAAAAUUGAGAGAUCCACGCUGUCGGGAGAAGGUCGCACGGCGAUCGUGGAGUCUGAUCUUGGAAGGCCAAGCGGUCUGGUGAUUGACUACGUCAACAAUAGAUUGUAUUUUGCGGACACCGAGCGUGACAGAAUCGAGUCAUGUGACUUCAACGGUGGCAAUCGGCAGCAGUUUUACUCUCUGUCGGGGACACAUUUCUACGACAUCACAUUCGAUGGAGAAGAGAUCGCGGCCACAGACUGGUCGGACAGUACCAUCAACUUCAUCCACACGUCGCGGCCCAUCCUUGCGUACGGCUCAGCCAGCGUGAGUCGGGUGUUGGGAGUGGAGUUCUACGAUGAGAGCAGACAACAAGCCGGACAAUGUAAGUUGCUGUUCUGGACGGAAGCCGGUGACUAUUCUCCCAGCAUCUCACGUUCUACUCUGGCUGGAACCGAACAAGAAGUCAUCAUUAGAUCGAAUCUCGGGGUUUCUAUCAGGAAACCGACUGCUCUCUCCAUUGACUUCCUUAAUAGCCGGAUUUACUGGGCUGACAGUGGUACCGGAAUCGUGAUGUCCUCAAAUCUUCGCGGGAGGGAGCCCCAACAACACUGGAGAAGCAACGGGGAGCUGUUUGGACUAGCCGUCUACAAGGACUUUAUUUUCUGGACGGACCGUACAAACCAGACCGUCAGUAUCGGGUUGAGAAGCACGCUAAGAAAGGUGGUCCAGCUUCAGACAACUCCUCACAGUGUUCGCGUGUUCGACGGAAGUGAACAGCCACUCUCUAGAGGUCCAUGUGAUCUUCAAAAUGGCGGCUGCAGCGAGCUUUGCCUGCCAACAGCCUCGGACAGCAAAAUCUGCGCAUGCGGGGAGGGCCAUUCGCUGCGUUCGGACGGUUUAACCUGUUUUAACCCUGCAAACCCACCGACAACAACAACAGCAGUGACAACCACGGCAGCCAAACCAGCACCAACAACUGUAGCAAGAACAACAAAAGUUACAAAGCCGAUACCAGUAACGACAUGCACCAAAGACACUCUACCGGCGGUGACUAACGGUGAGUUCGGCAGCUGCCCGGUCAUAGCAAACGUCAAGACUUGUCGUGUCGUCUGCCGGCCUAACUUCAAACCAACGGUCAGCUCCAUCAACUGUCUGCCGAGCGGCAACUGGAACAAGAGCACGGAGUUCGCCUGCGCACGCGUUGCAGCACCCGAAGCAGUUUCCAUCAACGUAGCCUUCAGAAUUCCAGCCGUACCAUGCACCAACGACGCGUCGACGCUCGAUUCAGCGAGAAACAGCCUCAUCAGCAACUUUAAACGGCGAGGCAUCUGUGAAACUGCUUCAAGAAGUAACGUCGACGUCUGCAACGCAGAUCAGAUGACGGUGUCAUGUUCUGACAGCAGCACACGGAAACGGCGAGAACUAGAGGAUGGCCUUCCUGCUAAUCCACAGCUUCAACAGCUUUUAUUACCAUUGUUACAAGACAGUCCUAAUACGUCGCGUCUUUCCGAGUCAUCGCACAAAAGAAUAUUGGAGAAGCAAGCCAUGCCGCCAUACAACCAAGCAUACAGAAAGAAACGAAGUGUAGGUCUCCCAGAGAAAAGCCUUGCUACCUCUCUAACCAUGGGUAACAGCGAAGACGUAGUGAUGCAUUUGGUCAAGAAAGAUGCGGCGGUGAAAGACAGAAUCUGGUCCAAGAGAGUCAAACGAGCGACCAGUGGUUUGGACGUGAACAUCGCAGUAAAGGCCACACCAGACACGUCAGAGGGAAGCCUGGAGGACAGCAUCAGCCAGACUCAGGCCCACGUGCAGGAUGUGGUAGACGAGAUAAGGAUGGAAGUGGCGGCUGGGAACGUGGCUGUAGAAGUGGACGGGCAGACCUACCCGGCAGAUCGGGACUCGUUCACGGCGAUGGCUGUGAAGUAUGAAUGUCCGAGUGGGACCGUGGAGAUAGACGGAGGCUGCGGAUCAGUGCCAAGGAAAGGCAGGUCUAACACCGCAGCGGUGGCCGUAGGCGUCGUGGUGGCCUUGCUGCUGUUAGGCGCCAUCUCGCUAGGGGGCUACAUGUACUAUCGCAGGAAGCAGCGCACCUACCCGGGACAAAACGUCAGACUGAAGGACCUGGAAACCCAGGAGAAUCCAGCGUUUGGCAUGAACGACACCCACCCUUACAACACAGGUUUGGCGGAAGGUGCCGAUGGCGGUUUCCUGGACCUGACCAAAGCUCAACCAGAGAACGCCGUGCAGAUCGAGGCCUUGCCCGAGAAGCUCGCUCCGUCUGCGCCCGACUGGGAGGGUUUCGAUGACGGCAAACUUUCCAAAGAAACUGUGGCGCAAGCCGAGGAGCACGCCGUCCCCUAUCCCAGCGCUCCAGUGGUGGGAGAAGGCGUCAACAACUUCGCUCCCAGCGCUCCGAUAGCGGGGGAUGGCGUCAUCAACCUCACAGAGGAAGAAAAGAAGGUUCCAGUCGCCAACUGGGAGAUCUUUGAUGAAGGCAAACCGGCCUCAGAGGCUACACCACCGGUGUACGAGAAUGUAAAUCGCGAUCUUGGCGCACCCUCUGCACAAGGCGACACCGCCCCUCCCACCGACUGGGAGAUAUUUGAAGACGACAAGCUUACAAAGGAAGCUGCAGACCAACAGGAGCCCGAGACACAGCCCCCGGACGAUUAUACCCAACCAGGAGGCAUCAGUAAUCCUAUGUAUGGAUCUAAAGGCGAGGGAAAUGCGUAAAGUGUGAAAAAAAUCUGUGAAUAGAAACAAAUGUCAGAGCAAAAUAGUAAAGUAAUGGUAAACCGAUUUUGACAAUAGAAAAAGUGAACAAAUUUAAUUGGUAUCUAAAAUCAAAAGUUAUGAGCUAUGAUGAUUCAGUUGUACAUUUUGAGUCGAAUUUUCAAACCAGUGAUUUUUUUUGUCGUUUGUGAAAAUCUAUGUUAUACUAGAUGGUAUGUUAUAUUUUAUGUAGGUGGCAAGUAAGACUGGCGCAGGCCUGCUGGUAUCCAGGUCACAAACACGUUAUGCUUCUUCCUCCUCUUUACCAUGACAACAAAAUUUACAUAGAUAUUACAUAUUACAGAAAACAUGGUAAUUAAUGUUGAACAAUCACAACAUCACAAUAUACUUCGUGCUAGCUUUGACCGGGAGGAAAAUGUAUGUAAAUAUCUGCCAUACACCUGCCAUUUUAUCUGUAAAUUAAUCCUUUUUCUGUGUUUACCUAUUUUUUUUUUGCAUUGUUGUUACUUAUAAACAUGUAUUCAGAUCUGCUACUCUUUUGAAAUAGGUUGUGUUUAAGCAAAGAAAUGCUGCUUAACGUAUCACGUAAUAAUCAUAUCUAUAGAGCAUUCCAUGACAAAAUAAUAUUCUUAUAAUGAAUAAGUCAGGCUAGAUCUGGAUUUUACAGAAGUUACAAGCUUUG